UCUCCCCGUCCCUCCUCUCCUCGGACUGGCUGACUGACUGACUCCGCCCCUCUGUUUCGUAGUUCCCCCAUUGGCACUGUUGUGUUGGGAUUAAGAAAGAUGGCAGAGCACAAUAUCGUAGUCAGAGAUUCCGGCGGGAGAUCGGUGUCGAUCGAGGAGGCCAAUGGCCGUGGCAAGCCCCCGAAGAGGAACAAGUAUGCCAUCGCUUGCGCCAUCCUCGCCUCCAUGACUUCGAUCUUGAUUGGCUAUGAUGGUGGUGUGAUGAGUGGCGCGGCUCUGUUCAUCCAGAAGGACUUGAAGAUAAGCGACACGCAGAUCGAGAUCGUCAACGGCAUCAUCAACAUCGUCUCUCUCCUCGGUGCCCCCAUGGCCGGUAGGACCUCCGACUGGGUGGGCCGACGGUACACCAUAGUGAUCGCUGGGAUAAUCUUCUUCGCAGGUGCCAUACUCAUGGGCUUUGCCAAUGGCUACGCCUUACUCAUGGUUGGCCGGAUCGUGGCGGGGAUUGGGACGGGGUACGCCCUUAUGAUCGCCCCCGUCUACUCCUCUGAAGUCGCCCCCUCUUCCUCCCGUGGCUUCCUCGCCUCCUUCCCAGAGAUAUUCAUCAACACUGGUGUACUUCUCGGGUAUAUAUCGAACUAUGGCUUCUCGAAGCUCCGAUUGGACCUGGGCUGGCGGCUCAUGCUCGGGAUUGGGGCUAUCCCUUCAGCCAUCCUCGCUGCUGGCGUCAUGGCCAUGCCUGAAUCUCCCCGUUGGCUAGUCAUGCAGGGCCGCUUGGGUGAGGCCAGGAAGGUACUAUGCAGGACUUCAGACUCGAACCAGGAGGCCGAGGAAAGGCUCGCCGACAUCAAGGAAGCCGCUGGGAUACCCCUUGAAUGCAAUGAUGAUGUCGUGCAGGUGGUGAAGAAGCGGAGCAGUGGGUCGGGAGUGUGGAAGGAGCUAGUAAUCCACCCGAGCCGGGCUGUUCUCCACAUUUUGAUCGCGGCUGUGGGCAUCCAGUUCUUCCAGCAGGCGUCAGGGAUCGACACGGUUGUCCUGUACAGCCCUCGUAUCUUCGAGAAGGCCGGGCUUGAGACAUCCGACCAAUUGCUGCUCGCCACAGUGGCAGUCGGAUUCAUGAAGACUAUCACCAUCUUCAUUUCGACCUUCUAUGUCGACCGGGUAGGAAGGCGACCGAUUCUCCUCAGCAGCGUGGGUGGCAUGGUCGUGUCAUUGACGACCCUAGCGACAAUGCUGGAAGUGAUCAACCACCAUCCGGAUGAAAAGAUUACAUGGGCCCUCGUCAUAUGCAUCGCAAUGGUGCUGUGCUUCGUUGGAUCGUUCUCGAUGGGGCUGGGCCCCAUCGCCUGGGUUUACAGCUCAGAGAUAUUCCCGCUAAGGCUUCGAGCCCAGGGCGCAUCACUCGGCGUUGCGGCGAACCGGUUAAUGAGUGGCGUAAACUCUAUGACAUUCAUCUCUCUUUACAAGGCCAUCACCAUCAGCGGUGCCUUCUACCUCUUCGCCUCAGUAGCGGCCGUCUCCUGGGUGUUCUUCUACGUGCUGCUGCCAGAGACACAGGGCCGGACCCUCGAGGAUAUGGAAGUCCUGUUCGGGAGCUUCCACCGUUGGAGGUCAACCGCUAAGAAGCUCCGUAACAACAGUGGCGAUGCUCCCUGCACCAAUGUGCCCGGGUCAUCGGAGAAGCAGCAGGAGACCGCCUAAUUAGUCUUUUUUUUUUUUUUUUUUGCUAAGUAGUAUUAGCCAGGGCAGGGCUAGGACAAAGGCAGGGGAGACUAAUUAGGAUUACUCCCUAUGCUCUAAUUAAUUAUAUAUAUAGGUUAAGACUUGGAUUUGAGACUCGGGCAAAAUCGCAGGGAAGGGGCUUCAUCGGUGGCCCCCUUCCCGCCCGGGAUGAGGUCGCCGGCUCCCUCUGAGGUUGAGGUCCCCUUGGGCGAGCCCCUGCAAUCCCCAGCUUAGGCUGUUUUUUGUUUUUUAAUUUUUUUAAUAUUUGUGAAAUCUUUUUUUUUA